AUGUUUUCAAAAUGCCAAUUGGCUCAGGGCCCUACACUGACAACUCUGCUCUCACUCACAUUAGCACUAUGGCCUACAGCAUCAACAGCUGGAAAGAGUAGUAACGCUGGGGAAGGGUACAGAAUUGGGGAGGAAAUCCCCCCUCUCAUGUCUCGAAAGGACAAUGUAAGUCUUCAAGUCAAGCCUCCAGCUUUCAGAAAACUCAUAGUUUCUAACCAAUCCAUUGCGAUAGGGAGGGAGAACAUGUAUGCGCCUCAAUCUACCACUCCUCCGAGUUCACAUCUAACGAACAAACAGAUCACAGAUAGCUUUGGAAAGAUGAAGUAUAUCCCUUUCGCAACCUGUAACGAGACUUCCGCUCCUUUCAUGCUACACUAUGGUGUUUCGGAGACAAUCACUUGCACAAUCCCCGCCCUCACCGAUGAGCUCUACCACGUCCUCGAAUUCUACGUACACGCCGACGUGCCCAUGACCUGCCGUCUGCCAACAGCUCCUCUCAUAUCGUCUAGCAACACACCGCCAGAUAGCUCGGAUAAAACCGAGUCCCGUGAAGAAGACUCGCUCGCCGCUCUAAGUGAGAACGGUCCGGCGUUCACUCCUAUCACCGUCGCACUCCAGGGCACAUUGCAACGUAGCCAUCUGCACAUUUGGACCGACAUGAAUAUGCUCAUGCACAAUAUUGCCUCUGAUGCUGCGGCGCAGCAGGAGAAAUCGAAGCAAGUCAGUGGGACGGGUCAGCCUGGUUAUGCUGUUGCGGGAACAGCCUACUCUACCCCCGAAUUUGAGGCUGCCGUCAAGGGCCUAGAACUCGACGAGGACGAAGAGGUUGUUGUAGUUGCUCAGGCUGCGCGUGAACCCUGGCAUGCAGGCCAUGGAACGAAGGUUGUUCGUGGCGAGCCGCUUACCUUCUCGUUCCAUAUUGCCUGGGUUGAGGGUGGUGCUGGUAUUGGAUGGCCGGUGCGUCCUGAGUCAGAGUCAUUUUUAGCUUUGGCUGAUGCGAAGGCUCAGAGCUCUGACUCUGGGCUUUUCUCGCGCAUGAUUUUCUUUGUCAUGGCUGCCUCUGUUGGUGCAAUUGCUGCGCUUUACUGGGAGCGUAAGGAUCGGUUGAAGGGUCGGCGUGGUGAUGGUAUUUUGGGCGUGUCGUCUCCUGCUAGGGGAGGGAUGGGCUCCACUGUUGCCUUUGGAAAUGGUGGACGGAUCAAUGGGUAUGGAGGAUAUGCCGCUACUCCACCCAACGGCGCGAAUGGUGGUCAGACUGGAUAUGGAGGAUUCCCUACCGGGAAGAGAGACUGA